AUGGAGGUGCCCGACGCAGAGCUGAAGCAGAAUAUACCUUUGGGCGGCUUCGCCUACGAGUUUUCGGACCCGGCGUGGAACACGAUCUUCCCCAUCCAGGAGGUCGGCGAGGUCCUGAGGAUGGCCAAUUUGUCGUGGGAUGUGAACGCCCACGCGCUGGCCAGGAAGCCUGGCGGGGAUGUUGUCGAGCGCUACGUCGCCCCGCCUGGGGAGCACCGAGCUGCUCCCGUAACCAUCAAGCGGAUCACCGCGCCCGAUGUGCUGCACCCCGUGAUGUUGCACGCGCUUGCGUUCACGCCACGAGAGGACGUGCUCAGGACAGCCGUCGCGCAGGCGAUCUCCCUCGCCGCGUUCAAUUGCGCCUGGCCGUUCUACGUUCAGCAGUUCACCUUCGACCUUCUGAGUGCUGUUGCCCUGUUCUACAUCGCUUGGCAAGUGCACUGGCAGAUCGGCAAAGGAGAGGCUUACUGGAGUUUUGAGCUGAUUAAUGCUUGGGCGGUCAGUGAAGUCGCCGUUGGUGCUAUAGUGCUGCUGAAAAAUGUUCACGAUGAGAUCCGCAAGUUCAUCGGCUUCUGGAGGUGCGGAUGGAUGCACGAGUACAUGAACAUGAACACGUUUAAAAAUCUCGGGAGCAUGGCCGCGAUAGCUGCUUUGCUAGUGUUGCUCGUUGUGCCGAACACUCCAGAAGACCAGGGGUACCUUCGGACGCUGCUAGCGGCUGCGGGCUUCUUCAAGUGGGUCAAGAUCGUCACCUACCUUCGCGGGCUCCAGACGCUCCGACUAGGGCAGAAGUUCCUCCCAAUACAUUACACUCUCCAGGAAGGAGUGUCAUUCCUUGCGGUCAUGGUUUUCUUCAUUCUGGCCGCGUGGCACGCCCUCUACGCGCUCUAUCCAGAGGAAGAAGUAUCUUGGAUUGGUUUAUUCCGACAGACGUACGAAUUGGGAUUUCUGGGUGAAUUCGCGGCGGAUAACCUAUUGAGUUAA